AUGAAAAGAAUAAUGGUGAACCAGAUUGAUGGAGCAGAUAAUGUUGACUAUAUCCCUUUGAAUGAGUUCAAGUCAUUAGCGUAUUAUGAAGCAUUAUUCUUGAAAGAUCCACAGCUGGCCCCAGUUAUCCAAGAAAACAUCUGUAUCAUAGCUGAUAAUUUAGGUGAUGGUGAAUCUAAUUGGGAUGAUGUUCCUAGUGACAUACUAAGAGAUAUCCCCUUCGGAAGAAUGGACCUUGAAACUUUUGAUAGCUCUCAAACAACAGCUGAUUAUUUUAUAAUAUUUGUCCAUUAUGUUGGAAGUUCCGAAUUAGCCAAUUUGAUCAAGACCCUUGUUGAAAAUAAAAAAUUCCAUCAAUUGAAUAUCUAUAACAACGAAACGUUUUAUGAAUUUGACAAGCAUUUCAAGGAUAUUCCAAAUGAUCCAUAUUUAGAAUUCUUAAAUUAUGAUGAACAAGAUACAUAUUUAAUAGAGGUUGGCACUGAACAAUGUUUAUUUUUUGCUGGAGAUUCACCUAAUUUUGAUUACUUGAUGGGAACACAUGAAGGUGUAUUGAAGAAAGCGUGCUCCUCCCCAACAUGCUUGAACCUAAUCAUUGAAAUCAAAAGCAAGACCCCAAGGAACCUGAUUUUCAAGUGUCAAAAAUUCCCAAAGUUGGUCAACACUACUGUGAAUUGCAAUGGUAACUCAUCUUCAAUCACUUUUGAAGGCUGCAAUAUUGGGCCUUCUGGCCUUCCAAUUGUUUGA